CCAAAAGAAUCUAUAGAGGUUUUUCUUCCCGAUAAAAUAGGAUUUGAUGAGAUCUAUGUGGUGAACCUUCAGAGGAGGCCCGAAAGAAGAGAACGUUUGGUUACUAUUUUCAAUAAAUUAAAAUUAAAUGUUACAUUCUGGGAAGCUGUUGAUGGACAGAACAUGACAAAAGACUAUCUAGAUCAUGCUGGCGUGACAUUGCUUCCUGGAUAUCUGGAUCCAUAUUUACAAAGACCGAUGACAUUUGGUGAAGUUGGGUGUUUCUUGAGCCAUUAUAAGAUUUGGAAAGAUAUCGAACAGAAGGGAUAUAAAAAGGCACUAAUACUGGAAGAUGAUGCAAAAUUUACACCAAUGUUCAGACCAAAAUGGGGGAGAAUAUUUGCUGAUGUACAAGAAUUUGUUCCAAACUGGGAUUUAUUAUAUCUCGGGCGUAAAAUAAUGAAAUCUGAAGACGAACGUCCAGUAAAUGACAGUUAUUAUCUUGUGUGGCCUAACUACUCAUACUGGACAGUAGCUUAUGCAAUUACCAACAAAGGGGUCAAUAAAUUACUUCACCAGAAACCACUGACAAAGAUGAUUACUGUAGACGAAUUUUUACCCACCAUGUUUGAUAAGAAUCCAGAAGGAGACCAGUCCUGGAACAAACAUUUCUUUCCGAGAAAUCUGAUUGCCUUAUCAACAAAUCCAUUGUUAAUAGAACCAGCUUGGUAUGGUGGUCACCAAGGUCACUACACUGACACUGGUGAUUCUUACAUCGUCCAAAAAGAUGAACAAGAUGGUCACCCUGGUCACUACACUGACACUAAUGAUGCUUACAUCGUCCAGCAAGAUGAACAAGAUGGUCACCCUGGUCACUACACGGACACCAGUGAUGCUUUCAUCGUCCAGCAAGAUGAACAAGAUGGUCACCCUGUUCAAUACACUGACUCCGAUGAUUCUUGCAUCGUCCAAAAAGAAAAACAAGAUGGCGAUGAUCAACAAAUAAUUAAGGAUGAGUUGUAA